UCUCAACGCGCGGUGAACACGCAAAGUUGUGUGCUGUUGAGUUUAUUAUUGUGUCGUGAUUUCUAAAUAACACUGCAAGAUCAUUUUAUUGACAUAACUGUAAUCUAAUUAACCAAAGAACAACCGUAAAAAUGUCAGAAGAAACGCAAGUGGGCGCGUUUUACGCCGGCAAAAACAUAUUUAUAACCGGCGGCACCGGCUUUGUAGGAUUGUGUCUUAUUGAGAAAAUACUACGUACAAUACCUGAUGUUGGAAAAAUAUACUUAUUAAUGAGACCGAAGAAAGGCAAGGAGAUAUCAGAAAGAUUGCAAGAGUUUCCUACGAACCCUGUAUUUGAGAAACUCCUAACAACAGAAUCAAAAGAUGUCUUCAACAAACUUGUGCCAAUAUCCGGUGAUGUGGGCUCUCAAGACCUCGGCAUCAGUAGCACAGAUCGACAGACGCUUAUUGAUAAUGUCAAUGUUGUUAUCCAUUCUGCUGCUACACUAGACUUUGAAGAGAGCUUGAAGCCAACUGUCAAAAUCAAUAUAUUAGGGACUCGGCAGGUUAUGGAACUUUGUCAACAGAUUAAAAGCUUAAAGGUGAUGGUUCAUGUGUCAUCUGCUUAUGUAAACUCUUAUUUAAAGGAAGUUGAUGAGAAGGUUUAUGAUUCACCAGCAGAUGUUGAAUCAGUAAUCAGCAUGGCUGAUAAGCUAACGGAACAGGCGUUGAUUGAUUUGGAGAAGACAAUAUUAAAAAAACAUCCAAAUACCUACACAUUUACGAAACAUCUCGCUGAACAUGAAGUCAAGAAGUGUGCUGAUAAAUUCCCUUGUACAAUAGUCAGACCGACGAUGAUUGUGGCGUCAUGGAAGGAGCCGGUGAUUGGCUGGACUUGUUCUAAAGUUGGACCACAAGGGUUCCUUAUGGGAGCAGCUAAAGGUGUUGUCCGUAGACUUCCUCUAGCGAAAGAUAACAUAGCGGACUACAUUCCGGUCGAUGUGGUGGUUAACCAGCUCCUUGUGGCCGGCUGGAACGCUGCUACGUCCGAAUCUGGGCUCACGGUGUACCACUGUUCGUCUUCAACUCAAAAGCCAUUCAGAUGGUCAAUAAUAGAACCUGUAAUUAAUGAUAUACUACAUAACUAUCCUCUUAAAAGCGCUGUGUGGUACCCGUAUUUGAGUUUUGUUCCAUCUCUCUGGCUGUUUCGCUUGUCUGCUAUAUUCGUUCAUUUCAUCCCGGCUGUUCUACUGGAUACAUUAUUGAGGAUAAUGGGAGGAAAACCGAUAUUGUUUCGUUUGCAUAAAAACGUAUGGAAUUCACUCAAUCGUCUAGAAAUAUUCAUAUUCACCGAGUGGAAGUUCCACAAUAAAAAUACGAGAGAACUUAAUGAUAAACUCAACAAGACGGACAAGGAGAAAUUUUAUAUAAACAUCGAGAGUAUGUAUUGGGAGGAGUAUUUUGUGAAUCUACAUUUGGGCGUACGAAGAUAUUUGAAUAAGGAAAGUGAGAAAACAUUACCGGCUGCGAAAAACAAGCAAUCAAUUCUGAAGAUGGUACAUAUAGUAUGGCAAGUUUUAGUGAUUACUUUAGUAUGGUUCAUAUUCGCACUUGUCACUGGGCUCACUAUGAUCCAGACUUCAUGGUGUCCACCUGUCAUUUACUUCUUUUACAGUCUUUUAUAGAUUAUAUUUUAAUCCGUCAGGAACAACAUCACAGAAUUUUUCAAUGGAAUUGUUUCAAACUAAUUAAAAUUACUACCAGUAUUUUUUUUACAAUUGUUUUAAAAUGAGUAUUAUACAUUUAUUAUUAUUAUAUUUUGAUUUUAACAUUUUUAUUUGUUGUCUUCAAUUUAAAAAUAGAAUCUCAUUAUGCAGAUCAUAGUGUAAUAUUAGAACAUUACAAUGAGCCACAAUAAUUUUGGAUCA